UGCCGUCUGAAAAGGUGUAAUUUUGGUUAUGGUGAGAGUACAUCAUCUUAUAUGAAAUUAUGAAUUAUGUCUGACGGGAAAACAGUACAAGAUCCAAAUUAUUGUAAAAACAACAGCUGAAAACUAGAAAUACGUAACAUACAUUAUUACAUGUAUAAUAAUGCGUGUCACUUGGGCUUGGGCACAACAAAUAUUAACACGACCUAAAUAUAUUACAUGUAAAUUAACGGAUACAUUUAACACCCUACUUCCCACAAAGAUGAAAAAUCGACCAUGUAAACAUUUCACAUAUCCGCAUAAUAAUACGGUAAUAAGUAACUAGUCAAGUAAACAUGAAAGCAGUGACGUAACAGUUGCAUCAUUGGCAGCGGGCGCGGCAGGGCGCUCUAACUCAAUUAGCACGACUUUCAUCUCAACUUUUAUAAGACCCGCAUUCGGAUAUACUUUCCCUCAGUUUUCAGCAGACUACAGUGUAACAAUGUUCAAAAUAGUACUAUUUGUCACGUUCUCUGUGCUGUGUGUGGUUAAUACGCAAAGUGAUGAAGGAUGCAAUCAUUCAAGAUCGUACACAAGAGUAAAACGAGGGAAAUAUUACAAUAGUCCUCCGUUAAGGUUCUACAAUCGACCGCCGUACACCAUCCCUAUAAAAGGGCCGUUCUCGUACACGCCACCUCCGUUUAUGAAGGACGAAGAACCACCGUACCCUGGCAGCAGACCUUACAAGGUUAGUAAACCUCGACCUACUAACGAUGGUUUAGCAGAUGAUGAUAUAAAUAAUCUAGUGAAACACUUAUCUAAACAAGACUUGGAUAAAAUAAUCGAAUUUGCUUCGGGCAAAAACCAAGUUGUGGAUUACGAACACAGUCGACCGUAUAAAAGAGAAAACUCAAAUAGAACUCCUUAUACUAAGGAGUUUUAUAGGGGAAACGACGAUAGUAAAUAUCGAGAAGAAAAACCUUAUGAAUCAGAGUUCAAGAAAUAUGUAAAUUAUGUGACUGAAUCCACUCCAAUGAAGUAUGCACCACAAGCUGAUAGCCCAUAUCCAACCGAUACAGAACCGAAUCAAGUGAGUUUUUAUGGACCGCAAAACGUCGAACCUCCGUCGUACACUUCUGAAUAUGACUCACCCCCACCAGAUUUCAGACCACAGGAUAAACCAUAUAAAAUUUCUCCAUCUGAAAGUAGUCCACCAACGCCAUACAAACCAUUUUUCCCAAAAGCCGAAUCUAGUCAAUUUCAAGUUUAUGGACCACAGAACGGGCUUGGAGCUAGCAACGAAGAAAGUCUCAUUAACCAGAAUAUUGGAAACCCUCAAGCUUAUUCCGGAACCAGUGAUCCAUCUCAUCAUGAGAUGACUGAAGAAGAAAAGCUUCCUCCACCUAUAAACAUGAGAGAAAUAGAUUUUGAUGUAUCGUACACCAAUAAUGUUCCCACCGUUGUUAAAGCUGAUUCUUCUUCGUACCAAGUGGAGAGUUUUGGCGAUCUCCCGCUGAUGAACUAUAACUCUAAGUUACAUUCAGUCAGUUCGUAUCACGUGCCACAUUAUACUGUAAGUAUUCGGAUGUUUUAGGCGUUAAAUGUCACUAUGAGUUUAUUAAAGGUAUAAUUGUUCAAAAAGUCAACUUCUCAACAAGUGUUUAAUUUGAUCAACUUACUUUAUAGUUUUGUAUACAUUUAAACAACCAGAAAACGAGCAAUACUUUCUUUUAAAACAUAGGCUAAUUGGACACAACAUAAAGCUACAAAUUCGCCAU